AUGGUAACUGUGAAUAUUGACACUACGGAUGGCCUUGUGAAUGGUACUAUCGGAAUAUUGACUGCUACAGAUUACGGUCAACACAAGGAGACAAGUGAAAAGCGGCCUUUACGUAUUUGGGUUCUGUUCGAUAAAAGUACAGGAAUAGCUACAAGAAGUAAAUGUCAAUUAAAUUCUCGGAAACAUCGUCAAUAUCUCAGUUCGUAUUGGAUGCUAUUAGAUGUUGUCACUUAUACUGUGAAAAGGUGGAAAUCUUCAAACCUUGUAGUGCAUCGUACUCAGUUUUCAAUAGUACCAGCAAAAGGUAUUAGAAUUCAUAAGUCGCAAGGUGCAACCUUAGAAAAAGUUGUGGUUCAUAUUUGCAAAAAUGUAAAAAGAUCGAUGUUGUAUGUAGCUUAUUCUAGAGGAACGUCAUCCUUUGGACUGCUUUUAGUCGUGAAUCCAGGUAGAUUUAAACCUCCCUCUGAUAUAUCAGAAUCGAGUGCUGUAAGUAUAGGAAUGAAAAGACUAAAGCAAAACAAAUUGGUACCAUAUUUUUAA